AUGUCUUCUUCACUGUCGGAUACACCUGGUUCUGUUCUCUCGCGAUCAUCAUCCUUGUCCCUGCAGAUAUCUACUCGGGCUGUGGUGCCCCUUAUCCAGGGUUUUGAAGAUGCUGGAGAUUUCACUGUGGUAGAAAGAUUAAAGACUAGUGUACAUGCAAACUUAGUCUUCUAUUUAAUUGUGGGAGGCAUUGGCCUCUUUGGAAUUAUUCUUCUCAUCAUGAUGGAUAAGAUAAGGAUCGGAAAUGUGCUUGCUUUUGCCAUGGCCUGCUCGAAUACAUUUGGACUUGUUACUGGUGCAUUUCUUCUUGGUUUUGGUUUGAGUGAAAUUCCCAAGGGCCUGUGGAGAGAUUCGGAUUGGUCCACCCGUCAAAAAGUACUUUCUCAUAGAAUUUCCAAAAUGGCUGUGAAACUUGAUGAUGCUCAUCAAGAUCUUUCAAAUGCUAUUGUAUCCGUUAUAGUGUUAUCUGACGGACAACUACAAUCAUGGCUUACCAUGAUUGUAUGUGUUCACUCUCCAAAGCCUGCUUCUAAAGCACCAUGUGUGGGAUGUGAUUUGAAACCUAGAUGGAUAGUUGCUCAAGCAACAUCCAAUCAGAUGUCCAAGCGUGACCCUUUGAGACCCUACAUGAAUGUUAUUGAUACCAUGCUAGCACAAAUGUUUAAACAAGACCCAUCCUUUAAACCACAAGGCGGUCGGUUGGGAGAAAAUGAUAUGGACUAUGACACGGAUGAGAAAUCAAUGGCAACACUCAGGCGUCAUCUUCGAGGAGCUCGGGAAGAGUAUUAUCGUUGUAGAAGCGAGUAUAUGACGUAUGUCAUGGAAGCACUUGAACUGGAAGAUACUAUUAAAAACUAUGAACGCGGCAGUUCAACUGGAUGGCAAUAUAUUUCAAGCUUGAGGCCUGCUCGCACUGGGAAGAUGGGUGCUUUCUUGGAUUCAAUGGAAUUUUUGUGGCGUUGCAUCUUAAGAGAGCAACUUAAGAAGGCAUUGGCUGUCAUACUUGGUACCAUGUCAGCUGCAAUUCUUUUAGCAGAGGCAACUCUACUAGUUGGCGGAGUUGAUCUCUCUCUAUUUUCAAUCCUUAUAUACUCUGCGGGAGAAAAAGAGUUAUCUGUGCAGGCGUUGGCUUUUGUACCUUUGAUGUAUAUGUGCAUUUGCACAUACUACUCCUUGUUCAAAAUUGGAAUGUUAAUGUUUUACUCAUUAACACCUAGGCAGACAAGUUCAGUCAGCUUGCUUAUGAUAUGCUCGAUGGUUGCUCGAUAUGCUCCUCCAAUUUCGUACAACUUUCUCAACCUCAUUAAUCUUGAUCCUAAGCAUACUAUAUUUGAAAAGCGAAUGGGGAAAAUCGACAAAGCUGUCCCUUUCUUUGGAAAUGAUUUUAACAGAAUCUAUCCGCUUAUUAUGGUUAUAUACACCCUGUUGGUUGCAAGCAAUUUCUUUGAUCGUGUAAUUGGUUUCUUUGGGAGCUUGAAGAGAUUUAGAUUUCAAACUGAGGCCGAUGAUACUGAUGGAUUUGACCCAUCGGGAUUAAUUAUCCUACAAAAAGAACGAUCUUGGUUGGAACAAGGACUAAAAGUUGGCGAGCAUGUAGUGCCACUGGCAAGAAACUUUAACAGUGUGGAUGUGGAGUCGGGCAGCAACAAUACGGAUAGGACUGCUGUUGAAAUGAAGGCGACAAGCAGUUUAGCCACUGAAGACAGAAAGGGAAGUCAAUCCAAACCCUUGAAAGAAGAAGGUAAGAGAUAUAACACAAGCAGAGAAGCCAUGAGUAACAAGUAUGCUGCCAUUAGAGAACAGAGCAGACACGCCAAUACAAGGCCGUUGGAAACGAACAUUACCUCUGCAAAGGUGUCCUUGCUUGAUGCUGGCAAUUCUCACUCCAACAACACAACAGCCGGGUCACCGUCUGGUUUGGCCUCAAAAUGGGAAUCAAUGAAGAAUGGUUUUCAAAGUUUUAAAGCAAACAUAGAAGCCAAAAAAUUUCUUCCUUUACGUCAAAAUCAGGAACCACAAAUUGUCUCCCGCGAUUCAUCAUCUCAAUCCCUUGAUGAGAUAUUCCAGAGACUGAAACGACCAUCUGCAGGCCGUGGAAGUCUCAGUGAUGAUGAUGGUGAAGAUGGGCAUGGGACUGAGAUCAAGAUUUCAGACUGGUACAUGUACUGGGAAAUCUUAAUUCAAACAUUGGAUGAUGACUUCAGGAGCAAAUUCAAUUAUCACCCAAGCUGA